AUGUGGUCGCUAAAGGUAGUAGCGACAACACGAGGCAUCAAUGGCAACGUUUUUGUCAUCGCUAAAGCUGUGGUUCCGUUGGUGUUGCCACCACAUCCUCCGUCUCCUCGGACGGUUUUCGCCCUUCGAUCCGAAUUUGUGAAGAUAACAUUAGAUUUGGAGUUCAUGGAGGAAUUCUGUGAUUUCCUACAAUGGCUUGGAGCAGAUAUGUCCAUUAAGAUACUAGCGAGUUUAGAGAACCCAACAGACCUUGUUCGUGCUAGUGCAGUUUCAAGCUCCUGGCGUCGAUUUAUUGUCAUGAAUGGCCUUGCUAAGCAGCUUUGCAUAAGAAUGUUUCCUGAAGUAUCAAGUGUCGCUCAUGUUAUAGAAGUGAAUGAUAGGAUAGAACCUCUACAAAUCAGGCAUGAAACUUCAAUGGAAUGGUCACGCUUGGAAAGGGAACACAGAGUAUAUGCAUUUUUAGCAAGGGGUUUAACCACUUUUAUGAGAAAAGAUUGCAUAUUGGAAGCCAUUGUUGCAUCAAGCACCGAUAACUAUCCUCAAGAAAGCAUCCAUCACACAUUAGAACCAGGUGACAGGGUUGAUCAAAGGGCUUCAUAUUGGUCAAGUGAAGGGGCAGUUGACCCUGCAGUUCCUGAAACAUUAGUAUAUAAACUUGUUGCGAAUCUUUGUGUGAUAACUGAGAUCCACAUACACCCGUUUCAAGCAUAUUUUCAAUUUGGUUUUCCAAUUUAUUCUGCAAAAGCUGUGAGAUUUCGAUUGGGGCAUUUGAAGCCAGCUUAUGAGAUUGAAAAUGACAUGAAAGAUGAGUCUACAGCUGCUCUGAGGUUUAUUCGUGAUAAUGUUGUGUGGACAUAUACAUCUCCAUCAUUUCCCAUGGCACAGGAGAGCCGGCUGCAAAGGUUUAAGCUACCAGAACCGGCUCUAUGCAUCGGAGGGAUCUUGCAGAUAGAGUUAUUGGGUAGGGUUCAAAAACAAGAAAUGGAUGAGAAAUACUACAUAUGUGUGUCCCAUGUCCAAGUGGUGGGACGGCCUCUGUCCCCUGCGUUUGAUGCGGAUAUAAUGGAUCCGAGUGGAAAGUGUACUCUGAAAUACUAUUCAGAUGCUGAUUAUUGUUGCUCCCCUAUAAAAAAUUGUGAAGCCGAGGCAAGUAAUAGUCCUUCCCGAUUCCGUUCCUUCACUGCAAGCAUAAGAGGUUGGGAACAAAUGAUUUUCAACACGUUGCUUGGUGGUGGAAUAAUGGUCGGAAACGAUGAUUCCGAUGUUGAUGAUGAUGAGGAUGAUGAUGAUGAGGUCAUCGAGUAAUGCAAAUGGAAAAAGAUGGUAAUUAGAUUAGCGGAUAAACGACUGAUGUCGGAGCAGCAAUCAAAGAGUAAAUUGUCCUCUUUUUUUUUCUUUGUUAAUUGCCUACUUGUUGCCUAAAUUUGUGACAUCUUUUUAUGGAUCGUUUUAUAAGAAGCAUGUUAGUUGUAUAGGGAUUUAUAAGUUACUGUAGAAGGCUGUUUUUUUGGUAUGAAUUGCUUAUAUACCGUUUAUGUUAUGGUUUUCAAUUAUCUUGUUGUAUAUUUCGUCUAAAAAGCCAUAAAUUGGGAUAAUAAAUCUUGG